CUCUUCACCCCCUCCUCCUCCUCCUCCUCUUCCUCCUCCUCUUCGCUUUUGAUACUUUUAGGUUUGGUGGACUUUUGUUGCCGCUUGAUUUCCACGGUUUGUUAUUUUUUUCUUUUUUUCUUUCCUUAUUUCUUCUUUGUCUCUAUCUUCUCCAUUUUCAUUUUUAUAAUUCUCUCUCUCUCCCUCCUCUUGUAUUAUUGUUUAUAUUGAUUUCUAUUUUUUUUCUUUUCUCUGUUUGUUCUUCGUUAUCUUCUUCCGUUUUUAUAAUUCUCUCAUUCCUCUUCUAUUAUUACGGUUUAUUUCGAUUUCUUGGGUUAAUUCUUGUUUUUUUCCUUCUAUUUCUCCUUCGUGAUUAUCUUCGUUUCCAUAAUUCUCUUUCCAUUCUUCCAUUAUUACGGUUUAUUUCGAUUUCUUGCGUUUAUUCAGUUUUUUUCCUUCUUUUUCUUCUUCGUGAUUAUCUUCUUCAUCUUCGCCUAUAUCAUUCUCUCGUCCCUCUUCCUGCAAUACCGUUUUCUCUAUGUCUUCUUCUUGUCUUUCCCAUCUAACUCGCUUCUUAUUGUAAUUUUACCCUUUCGUUAUCACCAGUAUCUCCGUCUAUAUCAUUCUCUCUUCCCUCUUCCUGCAAUUCCGUUUUCUCCAUGUCUUCUUCUUAUCUUCUCUCUCUAACUCACUACUUAUCAUAUUUUUACACUCUCGUUAUCACCAGUAUCUUUUCUUUAUUGUUUUCUUCCAUAUUUAUCUAACUCAUUUCUUGCCAUGUUUUUAUACCUCCGAUAUCACCAGUUUUCUUUCUUUUCUCUUCAACAUCUAACUCGUUUUCAUAUAAUUUUUUCCUCGUUUUCUUAUUUUCUUCAUCGAGUUUUAGGGGUCCGUCUAUUUUUACGUUUCUUCACCAUAUAUAUUUUUUCCGUGUCCAAUCUCAUCACGUCUAUACAUCUUCUCAAUUUUACACCCUCUCCCUCCCUCCCUCCCUCUCUCCCUCUCUUUCCUCCCGUCCUCCCUUUCUUGGUUCAUAAGGGAUGGGGCUGAGGUUGAGGGAGAGGAGAAGGGGAUGGAGGGAAGGAGGAAGGAGGAGGAAGACAGGGAGGGGAUACGGUUGGCAUCUCCCUCCCUCCCUCUCUCCCUUCCCUCCCUUGCUCCUUCCACACCUGUAACGACCACACACACUCCCUCUCCCUCCCUCUCUCUCCCUCUCCCUCUCGUGGCUCACCCCAACACACAUCGCCAGUCGGUCCCUGAGUUGGCCAGCUCCUCCUCUCUUCCAUCUCCUCCUCCUCCACCUCCCCCUCCGUCUCCUUCGUGGCCAGAGACAGCCCGAGUGACAGUACUCUUGUGACACUUCCUCCGCGGCGUGCUGGUGGUCAGGAGGGAGGGAAAGUGGCCGAGGAGAGAUGGAAAACUUGACUUGAGUUCGACUUGAGUUCGAGUGCGAGGAGGAAGAACCGAGAGAGUGGGAGAACGGGGCGCUGAUACUGCCCCGCGUGUCCCCACGUGGCCAGGCGAUACACGGUCUCGCAUACACUUCCGGGAGUGGCGCCGCGGCCUGACGUGCAGCUGCUAAAGGAGGGAAGGUCGCUGGGUGCAUGGUGGGGGUGGGGUCCCAGCAGCCCGCAGCCCGCAGCGUGUAGCAUGUAGCCCUCAGGCCCUCUGACUGACGGUCCGCGGCGGCCAGACUUGGGAGUGACGCCGCGUGUGUCGCCGUGUUCGGUGCUGCCCCAGAGACGCCUCUGAGGGCCGGGGAGGGCGUGUGGACAACCUGGGGUGUGAGGGUCGGAAGAGCCACGCCAGUCAGGCUGUCACGAGGAUGAGUUAAGUCGUUGACGUGUGUCGCGUGUACAGGCGAGGCGCCUCGGGCUGGACGAGCCUCGGCCCGGCGGUGCUGCUGCCCCGAGCGGGGCCUGGCGUGAGGGGCGGCGAGGCGGAGUGACGCCUUGUCCGGGACUCUGCCAACCCCUGCUGUGCACACACUCAUGUCUGGCUUAAAGUUCCCCGUGGGGUCCCUGGUGCCCCUGGGGCAGCGCAGCUCUCCCCGAGACAUGGCCCAAAAGUCCCCCCCUGGGAACUGCGCCGCCGCAGCCGCCACCAACAUGACUCGCCGCAAGAGCCUGAGCGUGUCGGACAUCUCCUCGCUGUCGCUGUCGCCGGGCGGCCGCGGCCCCCGUCAGCGGGUGCCAGAGAACGAACUCGGCCGGCAGAGUAAGUCUGCUCAGUCCUCCCAGUCGAGUCUAUUGGGCGCGGCAGGGGUCAGGGAGGCCGGGGGACGUUCCCUCGGCGGCAGCAUCGGUGACCUCAUGAACUCCGGGGAGUUCCGGCCCGGCGCGGCAGGCUGGUCGCCGCGGACCUGCUCCCCCAUCACGCUGUCCAUGGUGAGCGAGGCCUCCCACCGCAGCGCCGAGUGUCUGGACGCCCCGCCGCCCGCCAUCAGCCUCGACGAACCGGACACCGACACCCAUGACCAAGCCGCCACCAGAGGUGCGGCGGCGACCCUUCACCAAGACCUGGACUCCUGCAGGAGCACCACCUCGCUCUGUGCCUCGCCGGGCUCCUUCAGUGACCUGCGGCUCGAGGCCGACGAUGGCGGCGGCGGCGGCGGCGCGUCCCGCAGCCCCCAGCGGAGCGGUCGCCGCCUGGAGCACAAGGUGACCAUCGCCGUGGACGCCCCGCAGCCCCGCGAAGCCCCGCCACAGGCCGCCGCCCCGUCCCACCGGCCCGCCCAUCCCGAGGAGCAGCAGCAGCAGGAGGACAGGGAUGAGGAUGAGGAGGAGCCGCAGAUGAGGGCGGGGCGGCCGGGCCUGCGGCGGAGCAGCAAGAAGAUGAGCAUGGUGGAGCGGACACAGCACCUGGCGCUGCUCAUCCACGACCAGCAGAAGAGGCGGCGCGGAGUGGUGGUGCUGCCGGUGAGCUAUCCUCCCCCUUGAUGCUGACCCCCCCUCACCCCGCACCUACACCCAUCACCUCUCACCCCUCACCCCACGCCAACCUCCUUCCACCUGUCAUUAACUCCCUCUCACCCCUCACCCCUCCUGCCCUCCCCUCCUCAUCUCCCCCAUCACCCGUAUCAUGCGUCGCCUCCACAUCCGCAAUUCCCCCCCCCCCCCCCCCGCAUCACGUUUAUAGUAAGAGCAGGUGUUUCCGACCCCCUCAGCCCGCCGCCGCGUCACUCUCGCCUCACACAUGAGCUGGGAGGCCAAACACGCGCUGAUCACUCGGUCCAAGACUCAACGACGCCCUUACCUGCCCUUGCCUCUGCCCUGUCUUCCCUUCCUCCCCCUUGCUUCCUUUUUCUGCCCUUUGCAUUUCCUCUACUCCUUUUUAUCCAUUUUGUUCUCAUUGUCUCCCUUCCAAUUCCUGCAUCCCAGUUUCUCUAUCUUCUCUUCCUCCAUUCAUCUUCCUGUUGUUAGGCUUCCCUUCUCUCUUAGCUUGCCUUCCAUUCCUCUUUAUCUAAUUUCUCUUCUGUCUCUUCUUCCCACUUCC